GCACGCCUUACUGGUAGAAACAAGGAGGAUACCUCUGUCACCGAUACUCUGUCCACCGCCCAGUUAGUUCUCGCCUGUGCCGGGGAUUUCGUUAAUGCAUUGCUCCAAUACAUGAGUCCACUGGAUUCUCCAAGGAAUUCGACAGAGUUCCUGCCUCCUGCUUUGACCCUGAAAGAAGGUUUUGUCCUUAUCCUGGCUAUUAAGGACAUGGGCGGUCCGAAAUGGAUGGAGCGCCUGUUCAUGAAAUGGAUCGUUUGCCUAACCGGUUCACUCACAGGCACCAAUGUCUGGAGCUCAUUCGCGAGCAACCCAGUGCUCAGCACGCUGGUCGUUGAAUUGUCGCGCGAUAAACUGCUGAAAUGUUCGGAAUGUUUUCCCUCUGCAUCGGACAUCGCGCAGAUUUUGCGUGUCACUUUACUUCAAAGUGUAAUGGAUCAUUCUUUGCAUAAACUGACCCACAGCGAAUGGCACGAACUGAACAAUCUUGAUCCAUACAUCUCAUCUUUGCUCCAACUUUCCCGCCACGACGAGCACAGAAUGGCAACUAGUCCAUCCCUAUCAAGCGUAUUUUACGCGGACGUCGAGAGGACCGAGUGGUGGGCCCGUUUUAUUCGCACUGCGUGGUUACAUCGACUGCGGGAUUCGGACCCCUGCUUUGCUGGCGCACGCGCGAUGAUUCAUCGCCCAUCCAGAGGCGUCAUCGGCUGCCUACACACUGGGCACCUCGCUGAAUCCAUUUGGCUCGCUUCCAGGUCAGCCCGAGUUCGUUAA